GGGCAACGUAAGCAUGAAGUAUAAAAUGCAUGAGGUGGCGUAGCUGCCUCCGAAGUCCGAAGCUGAAGCACUGCAACUGCGCAUCUCGGCAACUAUUCGGGUUUAGGGUUUUGGUUCCUUUAUAAACGCCGGCUUACACUUCACAUUCUCUUUGAUUGCUGUAGCCACUGGUCCUGUACUCUGCCGCCUUCAUAUUAGCUCAAAUCCAAAUCCAAAUCCAAUGGCUUCGGAGAAGAAACUUGCGAAUCCAAUGAGAGAGAUCAAGGUGCAGAAGCUCGUUCUCAACAUCUCCGUGGGUGAGAGUGGAGAUCGUCUCACUAGAGCCGCUAAGGUGCUAGAGCAACUUAGUGGCCAAACCCCAGUGUUUUCCAAAGCAAGAUACACUGUCCGUUCCUUUGGAAUUAGAAGGAAUGAGAAGAUUGCAUGCUAUGUCACUGUUCGAGGUGACAAGGCAAUGCAGCUUUUGGAGAGUGGUUUGAAGGUUAAAGAAUACGAACUUUUGAGAAGAAACUUUUCUGAGACUGGCUGCUUUGGCUUUGGUAUUCAGGAGCAUAUCGAUUUGGGAAUCAAGUAUGAUCCUUCCACUGGUAUCUAUGGUAUGGACUUCUUCGUUGUUUUGGAGCGACCAGGAUACCGAGUUGGAAGGCGCAGGAGACAGAAGUCCCGUGUUGGAAUUCAGCACAGGGUUACCAAAGAGGACGCCAUGAAAUGGUUCCAAGUGAAGUAUGAGGGAGUUAUUCUGAACAAGUCCCAACAAAUCUCUUAAUAUUUUAAUAGAUUGGUAGGAUUCAGCCUUUGGUUGUCUAGGUGUCACCCAAUGAUUGGCCGUUCCAAUUUUCCCUCCAUUUUGAUUCUAAUGGUUAUGCCCAUUCUCUAAGGAUGUUAAGAUAUGCUAUUGUUGUAAUCCUUUUAGACAAUUCUGGUAUAAAGAUUUUAUAGUUUCUAUCGAGCACA